ACGUAUUCAAAUUCCGACCAAGCGUUUGCUAAUCCUAGUGUUUGCUUUUUUUGUUCAUUUCUCUUCGCAUCGGACGCCCGAUAUACGUAGGUUACCGAAAUUUUAUGGAUUCUGAUAGAUUACUUAUCCUACAAUGAAAUGGAAUCAUUUUCGAAGAAAUCAGAUCCAGUUGGAAUUAUUCCUAACGAUUUGAGUGGAGUUUCUUAUGGGAAUUGUGAUUCUGAAGCUUACAGAACAUCAGUGAGAUCGCUGGAUUGUCAUGUGGCCCAUUUGAAUUCGUUAAAAAAAAAGAUAAGAUCAAUUACAUUGUGGAUUGUUAAACUAAAUCAUGAUGACCAGGUUGUCGUUGAAGGAAAUUUGGAGUGUGGUACCAGAGUUCGAACUAAACCAAUAGCAAAUAGAGUCACCUCGUCAAGGAUUUUAUCAAAAUUCAAACAUGCCUAUCAUCUAAUUGGAAAUAUGGCUGAUUUACAACAUGAACUUCCAGUAUUCGUUCGCCGUAAAUUUCAACAAGGUUUCCCAGAAGAUUGGGAAGCUAUUAUCGACAUUUGGAAACGCUUCAUUAUUACCUCUGGAUGCGACGAAGCAACAGGAUUAUUGUGUAUCCCUGAAGGUCUCUUUGUCAAUGAAGGGCUUAAGUUGACUGUUAAUGGUUCCAAUGAGAAUUCUCGUUUCGUUAAAGACAUUGAAAAAGUUACAGUGGUGAAUGAGACGACGUACCCUAUGAUUAAAAAUGGUACUGAUGAAAGUAUUGGUGAAUAUCAUCGGAAUGAAAAACUGGUUGAUUCACUUGCUGAAACAAAGACCUGCGAAUCAAUUUUGGAUCAUGAGGUGUCUGACAAAAUAUCCAAAACACCAAAUGAUAUGAAGCAGCUCACAGCAUGGACACCACUCCUGCAACUUGGCGACAAUGCAGGAUGCUGCUUGGCCUUUAAGGGAACCUUGCUGAGUUCAAUGGGUCAUGCUGUGAAUAGGAAUCACGUAACAGGUAUUGUACAUCGAAGAAUUUCUCCAAGGAUCAUUGAAACCAUUAAUCACGAAUUUUAUGAAUUGAUGGGCGAUCUCAACAACACUAAACGUAGUAUUCCUAAGGAGUUAAUUUUGUGGUGUCGCAAUGGAUGUCCAAAGCAAAUAAAUUUGUUUUGUGAAAACUGGAGAUUAUUGAAAAAUGAUGAAACAGAAUCUCAUAAACAUUUAGUCAGCGAUGGAAAACUAAAAGACGAAGACAAUGAUGUUUUGACUACAAACAAUCAUAAGAAAUCAGGCAAUUAUAGCAAAAAGGUUCAUUCGUUGUCACCUGUGCAAACAGCAAAAAACCGGGUUAAAAGAAAAAGAAUCUUGACAGAGUUGAAUAACAGCGAUGCCAAUGAUGCAAUCACUAACAAUAUGACUCCUAAUAGAAAAGAAGCCAGCAGAAUGCCUACUAGCGAUUUGCAAGUCAACAGUUUGUCCAAAAUAAGACGAAAACUUUCAACUCACGUCUUCGAAAACUCAAGGGAGGAUACGAAUAUUGCAGAUAUUACCCUGGGUGUAAAUUUGAAGAAAUUGGAAGAAAUCCGUCCAACUAUUAAACACGAUAUAAAGCAUCAGCGACCGCCAUUGAGUCGAGAACCAGUUAUAUCGUACGUGUAUCAUGAUAGUUUUAAAGUCAACGACAACGAUUUGUCUGAUGGUGUGUAAAAUAUGGUAUCAAAUCAUUUUAUUAAUUUU